UCUGACGAAAUGAGUGGUCGCGGCAAGGGAGGAAAAGGACUCGGGAAAGGAGGCGCCAAGCGUCACCGCAAAGUUCUCCGUGAUAACAUCCAGGGAAUCACCAAACCCGCUAUCCGCCGUCUGGCUCGCCGUGGUGGAGUGAAGCGUAUCUCCGGUCUGAUCUACGAGGAGACCCGCGGUGUGCUGAAGGUGUUCCUGGAGAAUGUCAUCCGUGAUGCCGUCACCUACACCGAGCACGCCAAGAGGAAGACUGUGACCGCCAUGGAUGUGGUGUAUGCUCUCAAGAGGCAGGGCCGCACUCUGUACGGCUUCGGAGGUUAAAUCACCGUCUCAGCUCACUGCAACACAACGGCUCUUUUAAGAGCCACCCACAUCACCUCAAGAGCUCGUUUCUGUUGAUGUCAUACCGCUGUAUGUUCCCAUUUGACGUGGUUUCCUCUGAGUCACUCAUUAAGGAUUAAGGAUACAAGUGUCCACAGUACCAUCUAUGUUAUGCAAUCGUGGCAACAAUAUUAAUACUUACUCAAAAACAGUCUGAGAGCAGGCCUGGACUGGCCGUCGGGUAUAUCUGAAACAUCCACUGUCACAACCGAACUUUCACACACCUCAUUGCGUGGACUGUCUGAAAAAUAUAAGACAGGCUGAGAGCCUGCCCACA